AUGGCUGACGGUGAUAAGGACAAUCUACGUGAAGGAAACCUUGAUCCACAAUUAGUAGUUGAGCCUAAGAAGGUUGACUACGCCCCACAAGGCGAUUCUCCUGAUAAAUUUCAAUACUAUCCAGAUAAGCCUGAAUCAAGUCUCAGCAGAUACAGGUUUGCCGUCAAAGAUGCAAGUCAAUAUUUCGAUCCCUGCCAAGAAUCUUCACGUAUGAGCUUUAAUUGCCUGGAUCGUAAUAAUUACGAUAGAGAAAUGUGUAAAGAAUAUUUCGAUGCCUACAGGGAAUGCAAGAAACAAUGGUUAAGGGCAAGGAGAGAGAAUAGAUCUCUAUGGGAAUGA